AUGUCUUCCUCCGUCGCCUUCAAGUCCUUCACCGGCCUCCGCCAGUCCCCCGCCGUCGUCGGCCCACCACCGCCCUCCUCCACCCAGCUCUCCCUCCCCAACUCCCUCACCACCACCUCCCACCGCUCCCGCCGCUCCUCCGCCCUCCAAAUCGCCGCCGCCCUCUCCAGCCCCGCCCUCCCCAACCGCAAGCUCCGCGUCGCCGUCAUCGGCGGCGGCCCCGCCGGCGGAUCCGCCGCCGAAACCCUCGCCAAAGGCGGAAUCGAGACCUACCUCAUCGAACGCAAGAUGGACAACUGCAAGCCCUGCGGCGGCGCCAUCCCACUGUGCAUGGUCGGCGAGUUCGACAUCCCCUUGGACAUCAUCGACCGGCGGGUGACGAAGAUGAAGAUGAUUUCCCCCUCGAAUGUCGCCGUCGACAUCGGCCGGACGCUGAAGCCCCACGAGUAUAUUGGCAUGGUGAGAAGGGAAGUGCUGGAUGCUUAUAUGAGAGAGCGGGCGGAAAAAUUUGGGGCCAAUGUCAUCAAUGGGCUGUUUCUGAAGAUGGAUUUGCCGGAGAAAGGGAGCAGGAAUGUUGAAUCGCCGUACGUGCUGCACUAUACGGAGUACGAUGGGACCGUCGGCGGGACUGGGCAGAAGAGAACCCUGGAGGUCGACGCUGUGAUUGGCGCCGAUGGGGCUAAUUCCAGAGUCGCCAAGUCGAUCGGCGCUGGGGAUUACGACUACGCCAUUGCUUUCCAGGAGAGAAUCAAGAUCCCUGACGAGAAGAUGGUGUACUACGAAAACCUAGCCGAAAUGUACGUUGGGGACGAUGUAUCCCCUGACUUCUACGGCUGGGUGUUCCCCAAAUCGGACCACGUCGCCGUGGGAACAGGCACCGUGACACACAAAGGCGACAUCAAAAAGUUCCAGCUGGCCACAAGGAACAGAGCCAAGGACAAGAUCCUAGGAGGAAAGAUCAUUCGAGUGGAGGCGCACCCGAUCCCCGAGCACCCUCGACCACGCAGGAUUCUAGACAGGGUAGCUCUGGUGGGUGACGCGGCAGGGUACGUGACGAAAUGCUCAGGUGAAGGGAUAUACUUCGCGGCCAAGAGUGGGAGGAUGUGCGCUGAGGCGAUCGUUGAAGGGUCCGGGGAAGGGAAGAGGAUGGUGGAAGAGAGUGAUCUGAGGAAGUACCUUGAGAAGUGGGACAAGACGUACUGGCCGACGUACAAGGUGCUCGAUGUGCUGCAGAAGGUUUUCUACAGAUCGAACCCUGCGAGGGAGGCGUUCGUGGAGAUGUGCGCCGACGAGUAUGUGCAGAAGAUGACGUUCGACAGCUACUUGUACAAGAGGGUUGUGCCGGGGAAUCCAUUGGAGGACUUGAAGCUUGCUGUGAAUACCAUUGGGAGCCUGGUCAGGGCCAAUGCGCUGAGGAGGGAGAUGGAGAAGCUUACCUUGUGA